GUUAUCAUCCUCCAUGGCGCAGCCGCAACGACCACGGUCCAUGCCGCAAACAUCAUCGACCGGUGCUGGCGCCGGCAGCCCAACUGGGCGGCCAACCGGCAGCGGCUCGCCGCGUGCUCGGUGGGCUUCGCCGGGAAGAUGCGGCAGAACCGCGGGCCCGGGGUCACCGCGUACACGGUGACCGACCCCGGCGACGACCCGGUGCGCCCGCGGCCGGGCACGCUGCGGUACGGCGCGACGGUGCUGGGCGGGAAGGUCUGGAUCACCUUCGAGAGGGGCAUGCACAUCAGGCUGGCCCAGCCGCUGUUCGUGAGGAGCUUCACGGCCAUCGACGGGCGCGGCGCCGACGUGCACAUCGCCGGCGGCGCGGGCAUCGUGCUGCACGAGGUGAGCGGCGUCAUCAUCCACGGGCUGCACAUCCACGACAUCCGCUCGCAGCCGGAGGGCCCGGCGGUCAGGCCCGGCGGCGCCGUGCGGCCUGCUGGCGGUGGCGGUGGCAGCGGCAGCGGCACGGACGGCGACGCCAUCCGGGUGGUGGCGAGCAGCAAGGUGUGGAUCGACCACAACUCGCUGUCGCGGUGCGAGGACGGGCUGGUGGACGUGACGGUCGGCUCCAACGACGUGACCGUCUCGAACAACUGGUUCUUCAACCACGACAAGGUCAUGCUGCUCGGCCACGACGACGGCCACGCCGCCGACAGCCGGAUGCGCGUCACCGUCGCGUUCAACCGGUUCGGACCCAACGUCAACCAGCGCAUGCCGAGGAUUAGGCACGGCUACGCUCACGUCGUGAACAAUGUGUACUUGGGAUGGAGAGAUUACGCCAUCGGAGGAAGCAUGGGACCGAGCGUCAAGAGCGAGGGCAACCUGUUCGUGGCCUCCGGCACAGCGGAGAACAGGAAGGUGUUCCAGUCUCAGCCUUUUAUCAGUUGCGUUGUCUCUUUUUUGUUGUUUGCAGCUCUGGUUACAUUGUAUUGUAAUCUGUGUAGGUGACGAGAAGGAUGCCGUUCGCCGGGAGGGAUUGGGAUUGGGCCUCCGUCGGGGACUCCUUCGAGAACGGCGCUUUCUUCAAGCAGACGGGCAGCAGGGUGCAGCCGAAUUACAACAAGCACCAGGCCUUCGCGGCGGCCAGCUCCAACCAAGUGAGGUCGCUGACCAAGGACGCCGGCGCUCUCAGCUGCUCGGUCGGGUCUGCGUGCUGAUCAAAUGCGCCCGCCACUAUCAGAGUUAUACAUGUUUCGUUAUUAGCUUGGCACUCUUACAUAUUUGUACGUUCGUCUGUCGUAGCCUCUGUGUCUCAAUGCGUCUCCUUUCUGCCAUGCAUGGUGCGGCAGAACAACAUGAAGUUUUAUUAGACUAUCCGCAGCGGUUACUUCUAAAUUUUUCUC